CAAGCAGCAAGUCUUUGCGGCACGUCUGUGCACUCGACGGUGCCACGUUUUUUAUGAUCGAAGCUGCUGUACUACUGAUAGGAGGAAGUACGCAGCCUUCUUAAUCCAGAAACCACAAAUUUCAUUGAUAAAGCUUCAAAUGUUCAUGUCGCUUUUCCAGCACCUUAUUGCUUCUUCUCAAACCGGCCGCUCCUCGCAUCUCUUGUGAAAUCAUGAGUGCCAUCAUAUCUUAUUCUCCAUCUCUGUCGAGUCACUCAAACCCCUUUGCGGGGUCUAGCAGCGGAUCUCAAACUCCCCAGGAUGCUGCCUCUUCGAUAUCUAGUUCUGGUGUAGAAAGACCUCCUGGAGUCAAACGAAAGUUCAGAUCGUCCCGAUUUCAAGGAUCAGACUACCCAAAACCUUGGCUGGAGCAAAAGGAUCCCCGUCAGAAGUGGGAAAGGAUCAUAUUCUGGGGAUCAAUUGUGAUCGGCGUGCUUAUCGGAGCAGUGAUCUGUUUCAUAAGUUACCGCUCCGUGUCCAAUUUCCAGUACUGUCUGGUGCUGGAAGACGAUUUCAAGGCUUUGGACGAAGACAUUUGGAGCUUCGAGGUCCAGCGAGGAGGCUUUGGUUCCGGUUCUUUCGAAUGGACCACAACGGAUCCCAAGAACGCCUAUGUUGACGCUGAGGGUCUGCACAUCGUCCCCACCCUCACCACCGAGUCAACGUCAAUCACCGCUGCACAACUCAAUGAUAACUAUGUGUUGAAUCUCACCACGGCGGGCACCUGCACAGCCGUGUCCGGCGACCCAAACGAUUGUUCGAUUCGCAGCAAUGACACUUCCGGAACAAUGAUCAAUCCCGUACGAAGCGCCCGCUUGAACACCUCAAAACGAAAGAACAUUACGUAUGGCCGUGUGGAAGUCGUUGCCAAGGCGCCACAAGGCGAUUGGCUGUGGCCCGCUAUCUGGAUGAUGCCUGAACCGCAGGGCGAACACGGUGUGGGUGCUUAUGGUGCAUGGCCUGCUAGCGGCGAGAUUGAUAUAGCCGAGUUCAAAGGGAAUGCUGGCGCCAGCUACCCUGAUGGUCGUGACAGCGUAGGGAGCACUUUGCAUUGGGGUCCCAUCUCGGAAGCCGACGCAUUCUGGAGAACAUCCGGAAAGUACAAUCUGCGACGAACAGAUUACUCAGAAGCAUUCCACACGUUUGGCUUGGAAUGGUCAGAGAAGUAUCUGUUCAUGUAUGUGGACACUCGGCUAGUGCAAGUCAUGUUCACAAAGUUUGAUAAGUACCAAAGUAUGUGGGACCAUGGCGAGUUCGGGUCUACUUUGUACAACAAGUCAGCAUUGAACAAUCCCUGGGCCCAGACAGGCCGAGAUAAUACUCCUUUUGAUCAGCCUUUCUAUCUCAUUCUCAAUGUUGCGGUCGGAGCAACCAACAGUUUCUUCAAAGAUGGGGUCGCGAACAAGCCCUGGGGUGACGGGAGUCUCACUGCACCGCGCGAAUUCUGGGAUGCGAAAGAUACUUGGCUGCCGACUUGGGGCGAAGGUGACAAGAGAGGGAUGACCGUCAAGUCAGUCAAGAUGUGGAGCCAAGGCAGCUGUAAGAGUUAGAAAGCUUUCUACCACGUUGUGACAAUGAAGACGAAUUAAUUGUGAUGCUCGCUGCCGUCUUGUCGAGAGCCGAUGGACCAAGAAAACGAACCAGCACGGGCAUUGGACAUGGACAUCAGAUCCCGCCGUGUCCAAGACGAUACCAGAACGCCAUGCUUGACCAGUUCGGCUGAUAGGGG